CUUCCAUGUUGGCAGGUGCCGGGUUGAUGGCGUCAGCGGCGUGGCCCGCCCGACCCAUGUGGUGACGCAGAAUCCCGGCGCCGCCCGCUCAGCCCAGUCGUCGGUUCCUGGACAGCCUGAAGAAGCGAUUUGGCGGUAGAGGCUGAAGGAUCCUUCCCAACAGUCGCAUGAGUCCUGGUGGGGGCAGGCGCCGAGAUCCUGACAGAGCCGGGCCGAGCCGAGCCCACCGAGGAAACCGAGGCUUCUGGGAGCAGAGGCCGGAGCUCCUAGCUCUUUGACUGGCGUCAUUUUCCCAACCGAGGAGAGGGUGGCCGCCGCCUUACUUCUAAAAUUUGAAACAAAUCUGGAUUCAUGAAGAGUGACUACAUAAAAACCACAAGAUGUCAAGAAAGAAGAAAAGAUCCACUAGAAAUGUUUCAUUCUGGGCAGCUGGUAAAAAUCUGUGCUCCAAUGGUUCGAUAUUCAAAUUUUUAUAUACUCACAGGUUGGCUUUUAGAACACUAGUAAGAAAAUACAGUUGUGAUCUGUGUUAUACACCAAUGAUAGUUGCUGCUGAUUUUGUCAAAUCUAUAAAGGCCAGAGACAGUGAAUUCACCACAAACCAAGGUGAUUGCCCUUUGAUUGUUCAGUUUGCUGCUAAUGAUGCAAGACUUUUAUCUGAUGCUGCCUGUAUAGUCUGUCCUUAUGCGAAUGGAAUAGACAUUAACUGUGGUUGCCCUCAGAGGUGGGCAAUGGCAGAAGGUUAUGGGGCUUGCUUAAUAAAUAAGCCAGAGCUUAUUCAAGAUAUGGUGAAACAAGUAAAAAAUCAAGUGGAAAACCCCAGAUUUUCAGUGUCUAUUAAAAUAAGGAUCCAUGAUGACCUUACAAGAACUGUAGAUCUUUGUCGAAAGGCUGAAGCAACAGGAGUUUCCUGGAUUACAGUCCAUGGAAGAACUGUUGAAGAAAGACAUCAGCCAGUCCACUAUGAUGCCAUUAAAAUAAUUAAGGAAAAUUUGUCUAUACCUGUAAUUGCUAAUGGAGACAUCAAAAGCUUAAAAGAAGCAGAAAAUGUGUGGCAAAUUACUGGAACAGAUGGUGUGAUGGUUGCAAGAGGACUCCUAGCAAAUCCAGCCAUGUUUGCUGGAUAUGAGGAAACCCCACUGAAAUGCAUCUGGGACUGGGUUGACAUUGCUCUUGAACUUGGAACACCUUAUAUGUGUUUUCAUCAACAUUUAAUGUACAUGAUGGAAAAGAUAACUUCAAGGCAGGAAAAAAGGGUAUUUAAUGCUUUGUCAAGCACAUCAGCAGUUUUAGAUUACCUUACAGACCAUUAUGGCAUUUGACUGGACUUUCUAAAUUAUUUUCAUAUAUACUUUAUUUUAUCCUACAAUGAAAGCACACAAGCAUACAUCUUAGUUUUCACUUUAAAUCAGUGGUUCUCAAACUUUAAUAUAAAAACAGUUUCCUGGGGAGCAUUUUUAAAAAUCAUACCUAGACCCCACCCUCAUAGAUUCUGAUUUAGUUGAUCUAGGAGAGCUACAUGUUUAAAGAAGAUCCCAGGUGAUUCAAACAUCCUGGUCAUACUGGGUCCAAACAUUGACAAACACUGCUCUGAAUCCUAUUAUGUUUUGGGGUGAAAAAAGUGAGAACUGCUGCACUUUUUUCCCUAAAGGAACCAUAUUUUUUAAUUUUUAAAUAAAACUUAUUUUAAUACUAAGUAUACAUUAUAUAGUAUCUAUAAAUUAAUGAGAUGUGUAUUUUUAAUUAAGUAAAGAGAAGUGGCAGAACAAACGCUAACAUCAUAUAAAAUGAAGAGGAACCUGAGAUUCGACAUAGAAUUGCAUUCAGGACUUAGAUUAAAAAAUCAAAUUGGAAAAUGAAACUGGUACUUCCUAAUUGAAUUUCACACCUCACAGUAUUUGUUUUAAAUGUAACUGAACUUAAUUAGACAUGAUGAUUUCUAUCGUUUAAAACUGAGAUGCCGUGAAGCUCUUUAAAUGACAUUAAAUUUGGUACAUUUCAAGGCUUCCAGAAGGCUUGAGAGCUUGAUAAAUAUACCAUAUCUGAUAAUGCGAAAAUUAACAGCAGUCCCUUGCAUCUUAAGUAUAAAAAUUUGGUCACUAAUCUGAAGAUGAGUAUAGUCUUGAAAUACUGUUUCCUAAAGAAUAGUAACCAGGUUUUAUUUUUUAUUUAAAAACUUAAUUUUCAUACCCUGUUUUAGUGAUGUUAUUUUUAUGCCUCCCAGCAACUGAUGAUUUUCGUUUUAAAGUUCCAUGAUUUAGGAAUGUUAUUAAUAGAAUUGUGUUAUUGGUGAAUGUGUCAAUACAGGAAUUAAGUAUGUCACAUUGAAAUAAAACAGUUCCAUAAUUAAGAUCUUUGUCUACAAUAAUAAAAUGAAAAAUUUUAUUAUAUGAUAAUUAUCUAAGAAUGCUUAAUUCAAGAGUUUUGGAUAUAUUAAAUGAAUCAGUUGUAUCAUAAGCUCUGUGCUGCCAUAUUUUUUCUUAGGCACAUUCACAGUGCUUUCACUUUUCAGUUAAUUUAUUUUCAAAGGUAACUGGCUUUUUCAUUUGAUAUGAAUAGUAUAGAAACAAAUAGGAAGCUAUGGUCAAAACUUAAGUCAUUUUUAUGUUUAUAAAUUAACUCUGAAGUUAGUCAUAUUAGUGUGAACACAGCAACACCAUUAGAGAAAGUUGUGUAAUGUUUUGAAGGAACCAAUGUCUAAUUUUUUUAUUUUAAAAAAAAUUCCUUAUGGUUAUUUUAUGUUCAGUCUUUCUUAUACAUGUUAUCAAAUAUACUUGAGAGAAAAUGAGAUAAAGCAUCAACUUAAAUGUUUUUAUAUUCUCUCUUUAUCUC